AUGAAUCACGGAGGUCGAACUCCCCCCAACGAAUCCGAACUUCGAGAGGUUACCACCCUUACUGCUCAACGCAGAAGCAUCUUAGCCGCUAUAAAACAAAUUGAAGAGAGCUCUUCUUAA